AUGCGUGUUCAUCUGGUGAUAAAGGUUCAAAGUCCCCAGAGCCUCGCGUUCCUGUUUGCAAUUGCUUCUCGUGAUGUGGCGGCGGCAGCCAUGUUGGACCAUGGGCUCUUGUGGGUACGUACUGAGGAGAUGGACCUUGACAAGUUCUUCAGGGCUGUGGAGAGGGGUGACGUACAGACUGUGAGGAGGGGGCUGGACGCUGGGGUGGACGUCAAGGAGCGAACAUCCCUGCAUGUGGCCAGCAGGUACGGACAGACUGCGGUAGCAGAACUGUUGAUCAAACACGGCGCUGAUCUGGAGGCGAGGGGCGAAUAUGAGAAGACAUCCCUGCAUGUGGCCAGCGGGCACGGGCAGACUGCGGUAGCAGAACUGUUGAUCAAACACGGCGCUGAUCUGGAGGCGAGGGAUGACGACCAGGACACACCUUUGCAUGAUGCUGCCGUUGAAGGCCACACCGGGACUUGCGAGCUUCUGAUUCGUCAUGGGGCAGACGUGACGGCAAGGAGUGUGGAUCAGGACGCACCUUUGCAUAGGGCUGCUGAUAGGGGCCACACCGGAACUUGUGAGCUUCUGAUCCGUCAUGGGGCAGACGUGAUGGCCAGGAAUAAGGACCAGGACACACCUUUGCAUAGGGCUGCUGAAAAGGGCCACACCGGGACUUGUGAGCUUCUGAUCCGUCAUGGGGCAGAAGCCGUGACGGCGAGGAAUGAGUACCAGAACACACCUUUGCAUUGGGCUGCUCUUCGGGGCCACACCGGGACUUGUGAGCUUCUGAUCCGUCAUGGGGCAGACGUCACGGCGAGGGAUAAGGACCAGAACACACCUUUGCAUGAUGCUGCUGCUGGGGGUCACACCGGGACUAAUGAGCUUCUGAUUCGUCAUGGGGCAGACGUGACGGCCAGGAAUGAGGACGCGGUGCAGGAAAGGUCGUUCCACGAGCUGCUGCAGAAGUCUGGCGGAGUGAAGACCGACAGGUGUAAGACGUUCGUGUUUGGGAUGGCGGGAACGGGAAAGUCAACACUGAAGAUAAGUCUGAUAAGAGGCCUCGUUCCUGCUUUGCUCCAAGCAUGGAGUAAAUCAUCGUCAGCCGAGGAGCCUCACGACCCCACCCCAGGGGUGGAUGUUGGGACGUUCCAUAUUCCGGGGGUGGGGGAGGUCAGCCUGUGGGAUUUUGCUGGUCAGUCGGAGUACGCGGUGACCCACAGUAUGUUCAUGGAUGCAGAGAACACCAUCUUCAUUGUGCUGUACAACAUCGAGCACGACACUGAGACACAAGAAAAGCAGGUUCACUGGUGGCUUUGCUUCAUCAAGUCCUGCAACCCAAACCGGCAGCCUGACGUCAUCUUAGUGGCCAGCCAUGGAGACAAAGUGUCACCCAACACAGGAAAACGCCGAGCUGCCCAACUUCUGCAGCUAAUGACGUCAGAGUUCAACGAUCACCUCCGUAUCUCAGACGAAGUGAUCCUGAUGAACUGUAAGGAGACCAGAACACCUGAGAUGGACCGACUGAAGAAACUGCUCGCUAAGAUGAAAACGAGUAUGUUGGAGCACCAACGGAAGAUGCCCAAGCUGUGCGCAGAAAUCACCAAGCAGCUGCCCAGCUGGUGCCAGAAGAAGUGCAGCCCGAAGUGUCCUGUCCUGAGGUGGCCAGGCUACCUGGACGCAGUCAAAGAGAUCGACCCUCAUGUGGAUGAGGACUUCCUGCGGGAGUCUACACGGUAUCUGGACCAUCUCGGGGAGAUCAUUUUCAUCUGUCCGAGUUCUUCUGAUCCCAUCAUUGUCCUGAAGCCCAACUGGCUCUGCACAGACGUCAUCGGUCCAAUGAUGGCACCGGUCAACUUCCCCAUUCCCCGCCUGGAGGGAACGAGCGAAGACUACGUCACCAGGGAGGAGAUCAAGCGCGUUUUCCAAGACGUUGCUGACGUGGAUCUCCUCAUCACUCUGCUGCAAGAGUUCCAGCUCUGCCACUCCUAUGACGGACAGACCUUCAUCUUCCCAGGGCUGCUGACGCAAACCAUGCCUGCUGACAAGUGGCAACCAACAUCUGCACAUGAGCCAAAGGUGGUCUACUUCGGGAAGCAAGUCCAGUGUGCCGACUCCACUGACAUGUUCUCCUCCGGGUUCUUCCCCCAAGUGCAGACCCGCCUGAUGAGAGAGCAGGAGAAUCGCCCGCGGCUGUGGAGAGAUGGCGCCAAGUGUGUGGACGGGGAUGUGGAAGGUCUGAUCAAACUCUCUCCGGACGGCCGUACAGUCAACAUCUGUGUCCGGAGUGUACAAGGUGACAAGGAGCAGUGUGGCAAGAUGCUGCAGCAGCUGGAGAACAUCAUCGCUGAGGUGCUGGAAGAAAGCAGCCCAGGAACAGGCACGGUCGAGAAGGUGCUCAGCGCUCGUGCACUGAAGGAACACAGGGAGGAAUUCUACUCCUACGGCAUGGAGGAGAUCAGCAAGGCAGCAGCCGAGGGCGGUAGAAUCGUCCACCCCAUCCUCGGGUUCACAGAACAGGUCAGUGACCUGCUGUACGUGGAGACCCCGCUCACCAGGAACCGCCCAGAACUGGUCCAGGCCUUGCGGCACGUGGAGCCAAUCCUGGACCACUUGCAGGCACGUGACAUCCUGACUGUGGAGGAAUGUGACGUCAUCAGGGCCAACGCCACGCCCCAGGACCGCGCACGUGCGCUGCUGGACACCGUGGGGAGGAAGGGAGAAGACGCACUCCGGGUGUUCCAGUCCGUCCUGGGGGAGGUUGACGCCCGUGCAGCAGACAUGCUCAUGGCCACACGGCAGGCUGAUGAGGUACAGGACAGAGAGGACCAUCUGACCAGACACCGUCCUGAGCUGGUGCAGGCUUUGAGGCACGUGGAACCGGUCCUGGACCACCUGCAGGUCAUGGAGGUCCUCAGCACCGAGGAGUGUGACGUCAUCAGGGCCAAAGGCACGCCCCAGGACCGCGCACGCGCACUGCUGGACAUCGUGGGAACUAAGGGAGGAGACGCGCGUCAGGUGUUCAAGGUCGUCCUGGAAGAGGUGCACCCGGAGGCGGCGGAAAUGAUGGAGUAAACUUGAAGGACUUGAACUUACUUAACGUGCUAGUGACAAACAUCUACAUUUGUGUCACAUGUGACAUAGAAAACUGGGUAAUACUGACAUGCAUGUGUUUAGUUUUUGGAACAUGAUAUUUGUUUCCGACUUUUUUUCAAUAUUUGAUUGUCAGGAGUUCAGGAUCCUACUUCUUUCUGCAAAUUAGUGCCACUACCUUGUGACUGUGUUACAGUCAGACAUUGCCUUUUCUGUUGUGGCAUGGAUACUGUUUUAAUUUUGUGUGCAAAGCUACUCACUGCAAUAAGAAGGUAAAUAGCAGUUCGUUAGGCUGAAGUUACUGAAAAACCUCUGUUUCUUUUUAAUUCUUAAACUUGACGUCGAAAAAAGUUUCUGGCGAUUCUUUGCAUCUGCUCCAACUUAACAUUAUUACUAAACGACUGGAGUAAAGAGACAGCUGCUGAGAACUGAAUGAAUGUAUAUUAACUACUGAUCUUUUCAUAAUGCAAUCCUGUAUAAAUAAUUUGACUGAGUACAUUUAAUGUAACAAUGGGACCUGUGAUGAUUGAAAUCUAUGACAUCAUCAAUUACAUUGUAUAAAUAUCUUUUGCAAUCUGCUGUUUUGCUAUCAUGUAAGUGUAUUGGCCACAAAGAACGGGAAAUCUGCUUCCCGACAUUUUGAGGCAUUAACAGGAAUCAUCAUUAGCGUGGGACAUAAGGGGAACAUGCAAUAAUGCCACAGUAAAAUGAUAAUAUGCGAAUAAUGCUUAUAGCUAGCAUUACGUAUA